AUGACACGUGUUACAUAUGGAAUAGCUUCGUCAGCUUUUCACUUAACAAGAUGCCUCAAUGAAGUAGCAGAUCAAUCUAAGAACCCAAUGAUCAAAGAAAGUCUCAAAAAUUGUUUCUAUGUAGACGACUUUCUUGGUGGCGCUAAUGAUAAGCAUGAAGCAGAAAGACUCAUCUCUGAUUUAUGCGAAGAGCUGAACUCUCAUGAAUUCCCUCUACGAAAAUGGACUUCAAGCAAUGCUAAAAUAAUUGAAGGAUUGCCAGAACAUCUCCGCGAGAAAUCGGAUGUGCUGGAACUUUUCUCUGACGAAUACAAAAUCAAGGUGCUAGGAGUCAGUUGGAAGCCCAAUAAGGACAUCUUUUGUUUUUCAACUGCCUUACCAGAGCUGAAACUGCUUACAAAGAGGACUCUUCUGUCCACAAUUUCAAAAUUGUUUGAUCCGAUGGGAUGGCUAGCUCCAUUCAUCAUCAAUUUCAAAUGUCUCAUGCAACAGCUAUGGGUCCAAGGUUUUGAUUGGGAUUCUGAAGUCGAUCAGAAAACCAAGGAAAAAUGGUAUGAGCUCACCGGAACAUUGCCUCAACUACUGGAACUACAGAUACCAAGAUCUAUGAGCUCACAUCCAAUAAAGGAGGUUCAACUUCACGUAUUCUGUGAUGCUUCCGAAAAAGCAUAUGCAGCCGCAAUCUAUGCAAGAAUUACCAAUGAUGAUGGCAAAACUUUUGCGUAUCUACUGACCUCCAAAACAAAGGUUGCUCCGGUCAAAGCAAUCUCUGCUCCCAAAUUAGAGCUCUGCGGUGCAAGUUUAGCUACCAAACGUCUUAAAUCAGUUCAUUCAAUUUUGAGGAAAACAAAUCAGCUGAUCUUCCUAUAG